CACAACAUCGCGAGCUCCCUGAUCGCGCGCGUGUGUGUCCAUCCACCUGCCUGCCUGUCAACUCAGGCGUUUUCCCCUCGGCUGCACGCAUCACCAGUUCGUCGCUGCGCAGGCCCACGGUCUUGCUGCCCGCCUCCGCAAUGGAGAAAGGCCAAGAUGCACUCGCCUCGGCGCCUGCAGGCCCCACUGCCGCCGCGUCCACGGCGCCCGUCGCCUCUGGCUCGACGCCCUUCCCCGAAAAGGCGGCCACGACGACGACAACCGCGAAGUCGUCCGCAAAUCCUCCGCUGCUGACCAAGGAAGAGGCAGCCGCCCAGGACGCGAAGCUCAGGCCGGAGCGCGAGGCCGCCUUUGCAGACUACCUUAGGAUCUUCUCGUACGCGAAACCAUGGGACUUCCCUCUCAUGAUUGUCGCUGCCCUCGCGGCCAUGGGCGCCGGCACUACCCUGCCGCUCAUGAACGUGGUUUUCGGUGCACUUGUUGGCCAAUUUACCAGCUAUUUCACGCCUAACCCGACCAUCACGCAGGAAGAGUUCCAGGCCGGUCUCAACAGGCAAUCGCUGUACAUCUUUUUGUUGUUCCUCGGCCGCUUUGUCCUAACCUACAUCAACAAGUUUUCCUUCCGCAUGAUCGGCAUUCGCAUGUCCGCCGCCAUCCGCCUGCACUACCUGCAAUGCCUCUUCUCCCAGGCCAUCCACGUCCUCGACUCCAUGGCCCCGGGAUCCGCGGCAGGGACAAUCACGACUACCGCCAACACCAUGCAGCUGGGCAUCUCCGAGAAGCUGGGCACGUUUCUCGAGUUCAUGGCCACCAUUAUCACGGCCACCGUCAUUGCCUUCACGUAUAGCUGGAGCUUGACCCUUGUAACAUGCUCCAUCAUCGUCUUCAUUGGGAUCGUUUCUGCCAUCCUCAUUCCUUUCAUCGUCAAGAGCACCAGCAGGACCACCAAGGCCGAGACCAAGUCCUCCUCCGUUGCCAGCGAGGCCUUUUCAGCUAUCCGCAUGGUUACAGCUUGUGGUGCUGAGGCGCAGAUGACCAAGCGCUUCGCGGUGUGGGCCGACGCCGCCAGGAGACAUGGACUGUCCACUUCGCCGCUCAUGGCCGCACAGUUUGGUCUCAUCUUCUUCUCCCUAUAUGCCGCUUUCGCCCUGGCUUUCUGGUUUGGUGGCCACAACAUCGGCAACAGCGAGACCGUCCUUGUCGUGCUUAUGUCCGUCAUGAUGAUGGUCAUUUCGCUCGAGCGCAUCUCGACCCCUCUUAUUGCAGUUGGAAAAGCCAUGGUCGCCGCCUGUGAGUUCUUCACCAUCAUCGAUGCCCCCCGCCCGGAGUCUGGUAACCUCAAGGGUCCCGAGGUCACUGCCAACAACGACAUCACCUUCAAGGGCGUCGACUUUGCCUACCCUAGCCGGCCGCACGUCAAAGUCCUCGACGGCCUUGACCUCACCAUCCAAGCCGGCAAGCUUACUGCCAUUGUUGGACCUUCCGGUUCAGGCAAGAGCACGAUUGUUGGCCUCAUCGAGCGCUGGUAUACUCUGCAGAAUCAACAUGUCAUCGCCAAGGCCAUCGACCCCGAGAAGAAGAAGAAGGCUGCCGAGAAGAAGAAAAAACAGGAGAAGAAGGCCAAGAAGAAUGGCGGCGUGAUCGAGACCGACUCGGACGACGAAGAAGCUGCAAGCCAGCCUGAGGACACGGGUGCUCCUAUCGAGCUGAAAGGUUCGAUACAGAAUGGAGAGCACGAACUCAAUGCGAUGGAUCUUAAGUGGUGGCGUUCGCAGAUCGGCUUGGUCCAGCAAGAACCUUUCCUCUUCAACGACAGCAUCUACAAGAAUGUGGCAUAUGGUUUGAUCGGCUCCGAAUUCGAGAAUGAGAGUGAAGAGCGCAAGAAGGAGCUCGUGCGGGAAGCUUGUAGAGAGUCAUUUGCCGACGAAUUCAUCGAUCGCCUUCCAGACGGGUAUGAGACCUUUGUGGGCGAUAGUGGCACGAAGCUAUCUGGAGGUCAGCGCCAACGCAUCAGCAUUGCUCGUGCAGUCAUAAAGAAGCCCAAGAUCCUCAUUCUUGACGAAGCCACCUCGGCCAUUGAUGUUCGUGGAGAAAAGAUUGUGCAGGCAGCACUCGACAAGGUUUCUCAGGGACGUACCACCAUCACCAUCGCGCAUCGGCUGUCAACCAUCCGCAAAGCAGACACCAUCGUUGUCCUGAAGAAGGGCAAGGUUGUUGAACAGGGCACACACGAUUCACUGCUUGAGAACGACAAGGGCGUCUACUACGGCCUCGUUCACGCUCAGCACCUUUCCCUCGGCGAGCCUUCGGACGCCAGCGAUGUCGAAACCACUGAAGAGGAAGACCUUGGUACCGUCCUUGAUCGAGAGAAGAGCGCAGCGCUUUCCGAGGGCGGCGAAGUCACUGGCCAAGGACCAGGUUGGAAGCAACGAGGUCUCGUUCGAAGCUUCGGGUUGCUGCUGUACGAGCAAAAGACCCGCUUCCCAGCGUACGUAAUCACGAUAGUGGCCGCGAUGUGUGCUGGUUCCGUGUCUCCCGUACAAGCCUACCUCUUUGCGAAAAUUCUUGACGUCUUCACCCUCCCAAUCGGCAGUCCGGAGUACAACCGGGACAUCAACUUCUGGUCUCUGAUGUGGGCUGUGCUGGCCAUUAGCAAUGGCAUUGCUUAUUUCACGCUUGGCUAUGUCUCGACAACUAUUGCUCAUCACGUCUCCUCAUUCUACCGGAAGCAGUACUUUGAGAACCUUCUGUACCAGAAGACAUCCUACUUUGACCACGAGGACAACUCCACAGGCACUUUAACGGCUCGCGUUGGCGGCGACCCGAAGCAGCUCGAAGAGCUCCUCGGCAUGAACAUGUCCAUGGUGUACACUUCCUUCUUUACGCUCGUCGGUUCACUUUCCAUCUCGUUCGCCUUUGGCUGGAAACUCGCUCUGGUGGCAACCUGCGUGACGGUGCCGCUAGGCCUGAUCGCAGGGUACUUCCGCUUCAGGUUUGAGAUUCAGUUCGAGAAGAUGUAUGGCGCUGUCUUUGCCGAGUCAUCAAAAUUCGCUGCCGAGGCUAUCGGCGCCUUCAGGACCGUGGCGUCUUUGACACUCGAGGAUACCGUCACGGGCCGUUACGACGCCUUGCUGAGUGGUCACAUUACUGAAGCCUACAAGAAAGCCAGAUGGUCGACCAUCAUUUUUGCGUUCUCGGAAAGUGUCAGUUUGGGCUGCCAGGCGCUCAUCUUCUGGUAUGGAGGCACGCUUCUGGCCAGCCGCGAGUACAACAUGGUACAGUUCCUUGUCUGUUACAUGGCUGUCAUUCAAGGCGCCGAGGCCGCCGGCCAGGGCUUCAGCUUCGGGCCAAAUGCGGCCCAAGCAUCCGGUGCUGCAAACCGCAUUCUCAGUGUUCGUUCUUCGCGACACCAGGGCCAGAUUGGCGAAACUGAGCACAUCACCGGUGCCGAAGGUGGCAUCAAGAUCGAGCUCAAGAAUGUCCACUUCAAGUACCCAACUCGCGACGUCAAUGUGUUCAAGAACUUAAACAUGACCAUUGAGAAGGGCCAGUUUGCGGCGCUGGUGGGCGCCUCUGGCUGCGGCAAGACCAGCAUCAUUUCCCUGCUGGAGCGCUUCUAUGAAGUGCCCCGCGGUGAAAUCCUUGCCAAUGGAACCGACAUCAGCAAGGUUGACGUCCACGAGUACAGGAAGCACUUGUCUCUCGUCGCCCAAGAGCCAACCCUCUUCCAGGGCACGCUGCGCGAGAACAUCCUUCUAGGCAUGGACCCGGACGCCAUCUCCGAGGAGGAGCUGCACGCGGUAUGUCGCGAUGCGAGCAUCCACGACUUCAUCGUGUCGCUGCCUGACGGAUACAACACCGAGAUCGGAAGCAAAGGUGUUAGCCUGUCUGGUGGACAGAAGCAGCGCGUGGCUAUUGCGCGCGCGCUCGCACGGAAACCGCACGUGCUGCUGCUCGACGAGGCGACGAGCAGUUUGGACUCGGAGAGUGAGAAGCUGGUGCAAGCGGCGUUCGAGCGGGCGGCAGAGGGCCGGACCAUGGUAGUCGUCGCCCACCGCCUGGCGACCGUACAGAACGCCGAUGUCAUCUUUGUCCUAGGCGAGGGCAAUGUGCUUGAAAAGGGCAGUCACGCGGAACUCUUGAAGAAGAAGGGCGUGUACUGGCAUAUGUGCCAGAGCCAGGCCCUCGAUCGGUAACAUCAGCGGCUUGUGUAAUAUUUGUUGGAUCAGUUUUAAUAGAUAGACAUCCUCACCUCUCCGGGCAGGUUUUCCUUGUAUCUUCUCCUCUCCCGUUCUUUCUCUACACCACCUAAAAUCUAGGGACUAUAAAUUGCAUACAUGAAGGAGGCGUACCGAUCUCAUUGGUUAGGGGUCCGUAUGUACAAGUACGUGA